CCGACUCGGCACGGCCCCCUCCGCUCCUGCGGCGCCUCCGGGCCCGGCUGUGCUCCGGCGGGUGCCCUGUAUUGGGGCCCCAUGCCUGCGGCGUACGGCGCCCGAGGGGCGCUCGGACACCGCAGGGGCGGCGUGGACUCCUCUGCUUGGGGCACCCCCUCUGCCGCCAAGCCCUCAGAAACGUUCUCCUUUUUUUAAUUUAUUUUUAACUGGCUUGUGGUAGGCGAGGCAAUGCUGCUGCUUGCGAGGUGUGCGGCGAGAAAGAAAUGAGUUCAAACACCGAAGGUUGAGACUAGCAACCGAGGUUUUGGUUCUACAGCUGGCAGCGGGUGAUCUAAGUGAAUUCGAAGGUCUCGUUCUACAGGAGAGAAGCUGCUCUGUCCUGUGUGAAGGGAGUGUUUAGUGAGAAUAUAAAUGUAUGAUGCUGAGGGGAAUCCAAAGAAGGUGUAUCUGAUGCUAAAAGUCUCUUCCCAUUGUUCAGUUCUACACGGUAAAUGAUGAUGCUGAGAUGUGUAAUUGAGGUUGGACAUUAGGAGGAAUUUCCUCAUGGAAAGAGUGAUUAGACAUUAGAAUUGGCUGCCCAGGGAUGUGGUGGAGGUGUUUAAGGAAGAACUGGAUGUGGCUCUUACUGCCAUGGUCUUGUUGAUAAGGUGGUGAUUGGUUAUUGUUUGGACUUGAUGGUUUCAGAAUGGUUUUCCAACCUGAUUCUGUGAUUCUGUGAAGGUGUUACUGCAUUGCCAGCAAUCCCGACUGUUCUGCCAGGUGAAGCAGCCAGUCCCAGUUCUGCAGGCUCACAUGACUGCGUGCUGCUUAGAUCUGUUCAGAUUCACAUAGAAAUGGAAGGGAAUGUGAAAAAAACAUGGGUGGAUUUUGGUGAACAUGAGCUUAAUACAACUUAAAUAGCACAACAAAACACUAAUUGUUGUGGCCAUCUGCACUAAGCAUAUAUCUGUAUGUAUAACUCUUCAUUUAAUUUUUGCUCAAGCAGAAGAUAGAGUCCUGUGCAAAAUCAGACACAGAUAAUACAGUUCGGGCAUGUUUGAGGCACAUCAUUGAAAUCCCACAUUUUUGGCUUCUGCAAAUGGAGUAAUUGUCAUUUAAAACAGUUAAGAUUAUUAAGAACUUUAUUGACUACUACUCAUAAAUCUGGCACUGCCUCAUGGUAAAAAUACAAAAAAUAGUUUAGAGUUGAAGAUGUUUGUUGUUAUUCCUUUCAGUUGUCAUGAAAGUCUUGUUACAAAACAGUGGUUUAUCAUUUAGAAAGUUCAUUCCUAGAAGAGAGGGACAGAAUUCAAAUAAAAGAAGCGCUGUAGAAAGAAAACUUCAAAAGCAUUCCAGAAGAGUUUAGGAGACAGGAUAUCACCAUGUGCUGAUUACCUUGAUCCAAGAGCCUUUUGAAUCUAAAUCAAACCUGUGGAUUAAAUGCUAAAAGAUUAGGAAAUGAGAUUAUUCAAGUCAAAAUGCAUGUUUAGAGUUGACUUUUGCAAGUUUCCCUUAGCUUUUAACUCUCAAGAACUCUGCCAACAGUUGGCUGUGGCUGUCCUGCGGUCACGGAGCUUUGGAAUGCCGGCUAGCAAGCUCCCUGUGACCAGAGGGACACACAAGAGAGGCUGCCCCUGAGCUUCUACCAAGGCCUUUCAGGUGGCAGUGGGUGUAGCAGCGUGGGUGACACUGCAACAGGACACCACUAGGAUCCCAAGUACAGCAUCUGGACUCUGCCUUAUUCCUCAGCAGCAGAGAAAGGAAAGAAAACCAGCACAACUCCAAAGUAAACUUUGAAGAGUUUGAAAAAGGAAUCAAAUUAUAAAACUGUUACUUUGCCCUGUAAGGCCCUCGUGUGGGUGACUUCAAAGGAGGAUGGUGGUCGAGGACGCUUUGGCAAGAGUGCUUAUGGCUGUGGGCUAUCUAGGAUCCAAGUAAAUAACUCCACAGCGCUUCAGGAGAGAAGAGUCCCAAAUACUGUGCUGCUUUGAAGAGACAUGGCUGCUCUCAGGCCUGGACUAGAAGCACAGUUUUAGGGAAGGCUAUCUCAUUUUGUUCAGCAUCACAAAAUGUGCAUAAAUACAAGCCUACUACACCCACUGGAAGAAUACAGCUGUAAGAAAAUAUUUGCACUAUUGCUCUGAAAUUUUUGAGGGUCUUGAAGACACUGCCCUGGUAUAAGGUUCCCAUAUGUUUGGGAAUGCAUACUCCAGCAAGACAUUAGUAUUUGCUGUAGUUACUAUGUUGGAGGUGAAAUCAGAGAUAAAUGUAUUUAUAAAUUGCAUUGGUGCAUGUUUUAAUACUUCUUUGCACAGUAUCUUAAAAUGUACUAAAAAUCACCUACUGGUGUAGAAGAUCAGGUGGGAUUUAUGAAAAUGUUUUUCAAAACCUAUUAGUUGCUAAACUAUUAAUAAAAAUACUUCAAACCAUAAAGCUAGUAUUUGUUCAAAAACAAAAGGUAUUUACAGAGAUUAAUUGUCAUUUUACUUUUACCAGUUCCAUAGUAAAAUUUGAUAAUCCAAACCCUAGACCUUUAUAUAAUUAACAAGAAUACGCUUCUGGCAUCAAUGUUAUUUCUCACUUUUAUUUUUUUUCUUUUAAUUAUUUUUUAUUUUAGUUUACCAUAAAUCACAGUUCUCAUCUAACAGGACACAUGGCUCUUUUAAAGAAAGUUAACCAGAUCUUAUUGUUACUUCUUGUCUUAACUGUGUGCGCUAUUCUGUAUAGAAACGUUCACCAAGUGCCCUUGGCAUUAAGAAAUGAAACAGUGGAUUUGGAGAACCUUGAGGAAAUGGAGGAAGAAAUCCCAGUGGUAAUCUGUGCUGCUGCGGGCAGGAUGGGUGCGGCUGUAGCAGCAAUCAGCAGCAUCUACAGCAACACAGAGGCCAAUGUUUUAUUCUACAUCGUUGGGCUGAAGACAACCAUCCCACACAUUCGAAAAUGGAUUAAAAAUUCUAAACUGAAAGAAAUAAAAUUUAAGGUUGUGGAAUUCAAUCCUAUGGUACUAAAAGGAAAAAUCAGACAAGAUGCAUCACGUCCUGAGCUACUGCAACCUCUGAACUUUGUUCGAUUUUAUCUUCCUUUGCUUAUCCAGAAGCAUGAGAAAGUAAUAUAUUUGGAUGAUGAUGUCAUUGUUCAAGGUGACAUCCAGGAACUCUACAAUACUAAGUUAGCUCCUGGACAUGCAGCAGCUUUUUCAGAUGAUUGUGACCUGCCUUCUACACAUGAAAUCGUUAGAAGUGUAGGGAUGCAGAACACAUACAUGGGAUUCCUGGACUACAGAAAGCAAGCCAUUAGAGAUCUUGGCAUCAGCCCCAGCACCUGCACCUUUAAUCCUGGAGUAAUUGUUGGUAACAUGACUGAAUGGAAACAUCAGUGGAUCACACAGCAAUUGGAAAAGUGGAUGCGAAGAAAUGUAGAGGAAAACCUCUAUAGCAGUACCCUUGGGGGAGGUGUGGCAACCUCCCCAAUGCUGAUUGUAUUUCAUGGAAAAUAUUCCUCUAUUAAUCCUAUGUGGCACGUAAGGCAUCUUGGUUGGAGUCCUGAUGCCCGUUACUCAGAGCAAUUUCUUCAACAAGCUAAAUUACUUCACUGGAAUGGGAGAUACAAACCUUGGGACUACCCCAGUGUCCACACUGAUCUCUGGGAAAACUGGUUUAUUCCUGACCCCUCAGGAAAGUUCAAAUUAACUCGUCCUGACAGGUGAUACUGAAAUACUGCAUAACAUAGUAUAUAGGACGCAUUUAAUAGUUUGAGAUGCAACAUGUUGUAUGAUUUUACAAAACAAAGUAUUUGUUAAAAAUAUGAAAAACUGACCAUCAGUUUUGUGUGCUUAUGGCAGCUGAGGGAGGCUGGAGUGACCAAUACAUGGUUCAGAUUUUUCACGUAAGGUGAGGAAACAAAUGUAUUUGACAAUGAAGUAUUUUCAUUAAACACAGAGGUGAAAUUCAGUGUCAGAAAGAGUGCUUUAAUUUAAGGUCUUUCUAAGAUUCCAGUAUCUUCUAAUAGGAAAAAAAUCUACACAGGAGAUAGCUGCAGUGUUAUGUACAAGAAGUGUUUAGUUAUCUAGCCCACAUUAAACAGCCUGAAUUGAAAACCUGGGCAGAUGUUACUGUGCUCUGUUGUGGGGUGACUGUUUUGUGCAUCUCUGUGUAUAACACAUCCUAUCAAGAUGCAAAAUACAUUCCAAUACACUGAAGUACAAUUCCCAAUUUUAUUGUGAAACACUGAUAGAUUUAAGACAAAUUAAGAACUUCUGUAUCACUGUAACAAAAAGAGCACCAGUUUUGAGGAAGGACAUAGAACUGCAGUAUUUAGUGGAAUGGUCAUUGUACACUUAACUGUAUUUUAUAUCCAGAUAACCAAGUGGGUGAUUCCAUUAAGGAAGAGACCUUUCCCUUCCAAUCAAACAGGAUAGCCUUUCAGGAGUUACAUCCUACUGUAUUACAUACGCAGCAGUGCUAAUUUCAUGCUUCUAAUUUUAUUGAAAAUAAAACUAAAUUUAAACAAAUCCCUGAUGCAAGAUACUUCAAGCACCUGCAGGAAAACAUCCAUGUAAACAGUAAUACAUGCUUCAGUACACUUUAAAUAACAGACAAGUCCUAUAACUUUCUGACAAUAUGUGGAAUAGCUUUUUGCUGCAGCUAAUAAACACAAUCAGAAUCAUAAUGCACACUCACUCGAUUGAAGAUUUUCAGAAUUAACCCACAUAAUUUGGGAAGAAACUGUAAACACGCCUGCCUCACAACAAGCUGACAGUAUGUGAUCUCUGUAAGAGGUGUUACAGCAGGAUUAGAACCUACAUUAACCAGUUACACACAACUGUCACUAGCUGUGAAGAGAGGAUAAAUCACACUGGUACAGGAAUCUCUGACCAGCACGGAGUGUGGAGAUACUGUUUGUGUCUGUUUUCAAGUAUGUGAAGCACCAAAUGUCAUAAGAUUAUCAAAACUUUAGUGUUUUGAUCAGCUUAUUGCUUUUACUUCAUCUUUUCCUCACAUGAUAAAAGAGGGAAAGAAGAUGAGAGUUAGGCACCAGGAUGAAUUUUUUUUUCCUCAGUCACUAAUAUUGGCCAAAAAUGUGUAUAAUUUAGGCAAGUUCCUCAGAAGAGAGUUAUAGUUUCUACAGACAACUUAUUCAUGGAACAGCUGUCCCUGUAUUCAACUUAGUGUUUUUAACUUUUAAGUGGAAUAAAGGGAAGACCCUCUAAGGUAGGACAGAUUGAAGAGAGUUUAAUGUUAAAAACUGCUAAACUGCAAAUCUAUUUCACCCAGUGCUAAUUGUACAUGAUGUAAAUAAUAUAGCUGUGCUUGACUUUUAAAGACAAAGCAGUCUUUCAGUUCUCUGUCUCAUUCAAAGGGGUUGUCUCCUGCUAAAGGUCAGGCAAAAGGACUAACUUUAUGGAAAUGAUGGGGUUUAAAUACCACAGAAUUCAAGAACUACCACUGCUCUUUGUUUUUGCUUUUUUUAUAAAAGCAAUUCUAGUUCCUUACAUUGGAAUUUAAGGGGGAAAGAGAUGGAGUGGUAGAGAAACUUUAUCCUAAGAGAUCUCAGCUAGAAUAUUUAGGCCCUGUCCUGUGUGACACAAGUUUUCCUCUCCAGUGUUGUGACUUGAGAUGAUGUCUUCACUCCCUUCAUCCUCAAUUAUGGUACACUCACUGAACAGACAGAGCUCUCUCAUCCCACCCAGAAGACAGCACCCAUAGCUGCAGAACACAACUUUCUAUGCUUUUUAAGACGGUAAAAGGCAGGUUUAAAAAGCGCUAUUUCCUUAACUGUGCAUGAUUAAAAACACUGUUUUACACAAGGUAAGGGUACAUUUUCCAUUUUCUCCUCUGGAUAUAAAAGUACUAAGAGAUAUCCAAAUAUUGAGGCAUCAGUAAAAAGUAUACUGCUGCUGUUCCUACCACGUUGCCAUUUAUGGAAUAAAAUUAAUACCCCAAAGAAAUCUUCACAAAUGAGAAAGCAAUUUGUCAAAACUGGAAGAAAUGGUAUACGUUAAAUAUAAAACUCAUAUACAAAAAAGGGCUAACUUUUUUUAAAAAGUUUGGACAGUUCCUUAAAAUUAUCUAGUUCAUGGAUUUCAGCCUA